AUGCCUGCUUGUUAUUCAUUGGACUUUUUGCCUUUACCAUCAAAGUCUGAAAAGAGCGAAUAUUGUUGGCCUUUAAAGAGAAAAUCGUCUCGUUCUCAAAGCGCACAAGUCGACUUCCUCAACAAUGUCUUCUAUGAUCUAAAAAAGGUGAAAGCAAAAGGAGCACAUCCACAUCUUCCUGUAUGUAGCUCACCUUUGAGGAAUCAGGUCCCUUAUUUUGAUGAUCCCGAUUUGAUUGAUGACAAUCAGAACUCCUUAACUUUCGAAGACCAAUAUCGCUUUUGGCUAUCACUCUCGAAGAACUCUGUGCACUCCAAUUGCUUCGGCUCUCUGUCAAAUUUUCAAUUACAAUCCAAACGAAAUGAGUUGUGGGGAAGAUUUGUUGGUUCAUACGAAGAAAGUCUCUUUAACUGCAAAAUGCCUCUUAAUCCUUCACAAUGCAUUCCUUUUGUAGUCGAUAUUGGUGUCGUUUCUCAGUGUAAAUGUCGCUCUUCAUUGAUAUGUCCCCCUCAUUUUAAGAUGCGAUUUUGGUCUGCAUAUUAUACAACCGAUGACAGCGAUUUUCAGUCGCCUUAUGUUGGUCAGUUCUAUGUACCUGAAUCUACAGCUCAGAAAAAUAGGAAAAGAAAAACUACUGUUUGUGGAUAUCAAAUUCCUCAAGUUGGCCAAUUGCAAGUAAUGAUUAAGAGAUUGGAUGGUACUCUCAUAAAAAUUUAUCUAAUUCAGUACGACCUUUCGGACAUGCCCAAUGAGUCAAAAGCGUCGAUACGUCAAGUAAUAUAUCUGGAUUUAUUUCGUGAUACUCCAGAACGCUCUUUCAAAUAUCUGAAGUAUGGUGUUCAUCUGCAAAUUCGCUCUUUGAAUAAUCAAUACUUUCUAUAUGGAAUUCAAAGGGUAAUAUUUUCAAGUUGGUCAUUCCAGAAUUCCAAUAAUACAUUAGUGGUUAACAAGCAGUCUUAUUUUAAGUAA